AAAAUGGGAGUACUCUGCCGUUUAAUGCACACUAAAGAAAUCCCAUAGCAGUGGUUUGUAUACAGUCACUUUUAACUUUGUGUAUUGACUAAAUAACAGUGGCUAUUGAAGAAUUGCAAAUUCUAAGCUAUAACAAAGUGUUAUAAACUGUUACGAAGUGGAUACCAAACAUGGGAAUAUUUUGAUGCCUGAUGUACCGCACAUACAAGGGAAGUGUUGAAAAAACAUUUGAAAACGAUUUCACAAAUACCCAAGGCAUUAGUAUAGAAGAUCAGUCGAUAAACACUCGACAAGCAUCUCUUCAGAUUGAAAAAAAUGCGGAAGACCUGGAGUUGAACCAGGUAGACGAUUCUGUGGGACUCGUAGAAAGUCCCCGAAUCCGCACUGCAACAGAGAGUUCUGAAGAACUGGAGGAUUCGGACUGGAAAAGUGAACCGAGUCCCGAUCUUUAUGAAAAUAUGGAAAAAACAUCUCGAUCGUCCGCGGAGAUGACUUCAUCCUCAACUGAAAAGGGGGGUUUGCUACACGAGAGUGUGACUAAAUGUUCCAUUUGUGCGGACAAAUUCCGAAAUCCCAAAAGUUUGCCGUGCUUGCACACGUUUUGCCUACCAUGUCUCUCUCGAUAUAUUACACAAUUCGUGCAAGGAAACAAGGGCAUCAAAUGGAGCGGGUUUCCUUGUCCGACAUGCCGAACCACUGUUACACCAACUGAUACCACUGUAGAUGCAACCAUGUGGGCUGAACAAUUCCCUACAAAUAAUUUUGUCUUGAGCGUCAUGGAUAUGAUGAGUUUUGAAAAUGCUGAAAAAACAUGCAAUUCCUGUGAAAGACAGAACAAAAAAGGUACAAAAGCGGAUAUGUGGUGCAAGAAUUGCAAACUUUGUCUUUGUACAAACUGCCUGUCUUUCCAUAACGCCAUGUUUCUUGACCACCAACCUGUAUCAAUAGCAAAAGCUACGAAAGAAUCGGCUAUGCUUGUGGAUAGUCAAGAUAUGCGAUGCACACGUCACAAAGAAAACCUUAACUUAUUUUGCAACGACCAUCAAGCUCUUGCUUGCUCUACAUGCGUCGCAGUUGAACAUCGACGUUGUGUGCGAGUGAUGACUUCAGAGGAUUAUGCCCGAGAAUUGAAAUCUAGCGAAGAACUAGAUUGCGUCAUACAUCAGUACAAUGAAUGUCUGAAAAGUCUAGAAGAUAUUGUCCAAGAAAAUUUGCGACAAAGUAUUCAUAUAUCCAACAGAAAACAAGAAAUUGUCAACAAAAUCACGGAGUGCAGAGAGCAGAUCAAUUGCCAUUUGGAUGAUAUUCAGAACAACUUUUUGUACAAACUCAAUGAAACUCAUACAGAAGAGGUCGACAAAAUUAACACUCAAAGUCGAGAAAUAAAAAUACUACAAACAGCAGUCGAACAUUCAAAGAAAAUGGUUGAAGCGACCGUAGUAUACGGCGGAGAUUCACAACUAUUGUCCACUCUUCUAAAAGCAAAGUCAAAUUCCUUAGAUUACAAACAAAAAGCCAUAGAAACUUCUGAGAAAACCGAAGACGUCGACUACUCCUUCCAAAUGGACAAGCAAGUUCGCAAUUUCCCUACUUCAAUUCAAGAAUUUGGGGAAAUGAAAGUGGUUAGGGCCAAAAGAGGAAUUCCAAAAUCGAUCUCAGGCAUGAAACAAAUGUUUGAGAGAAAGACCAAAGAAAUACAUCAUUUCUUCGUCAGGCUUCCGUCAGAUAACAUUGACUGUGUCAUUACAAGCGGUCUGUACUUGCAGGACGGACGUCUGAUCAUUUGUGACUUCCAUAAUCGUUGCGUUAAAAUGUUCAGAGACACCGGGGUUUUCAUUACGAAACUUCUUAUGCAAUCUGAGCCCUUUGGGAUUUGUAGACUUGACAAUGCUACAGUAGCCGUAACCCAGCCAAAUAACCGAGAAAUAUCAAUCAUUGCCAUCAACGAUGACCAGAUGAAUAUGGUCAAUUCUCUCCUUCUUGGCAAAGUCUGCUAUGGAAUUGAAAAAAUUAACGACGAACUGAUUGUCCUUUUACCAAUGGAGAAAUCUCUUCCUUCUUUGUGCACUAUGGAUAUCGACGGAACGAUAAAUAGGACAGUCAAGAAAGACAGCACUGGACGGCCGAUGUUCGAACACCGACCAUUUCACAUCACUGUCAACAAACACACGCGCGAAAUCUACGUGACCCAGAAAACGACGGCCGCGCGAGACAAACGCGGUUUGAUCCUCAGGGAAGAUCUUAAUGUCAAAACCGAUAUACAUCAUAAAGACAUCCGAUGGGCACGUGGUAUAGAUAUUGACUUCGAAGGAAACGUGUACAUCUGCGGACAAACGUCGUCUAAUGUUGUACAGUUUACGCCCGACUGUUCUCAGUCACGAGUUAUCCUGUCGGCUUCUGGCGGGAUUCAGCAUCCCGCAGCUAUCGGUUUCAAUCACAAUAAAUUCUUUUUGACUGAUGUAGGUGACGACCACAGAAAUUUAGUGAAGAUAUUUGAAAUGAGUUGACAUUUUUGUACCAUAUAAUGUGUUCCACGAUGAUUGAAUAGAUUUACAAAAAUAAGCUUACAACACAUUGUAAUUUAUUUUAUUGUAAAUGAAAAGAAAAUCCUUACACUUCUAUACCUUGCAAUAAUUUACAAAAAUGAGUUAGUUUUAUGUUUGUAAUCACAUUCUCUCGGACACAUCAUAAAUAUCACACUUUACACAGCUGAAGUAAACUCCAUUCCACUGCAGAAACUUUCAAUCACGUCUUUGCACCAUAAUUAGGAUUCGAUGACACAUCUUCACCAAUUGUUCUGUUCACUCAGAUGAUUAGAUGUAAUAAGAGGUGUGUAAUGUCUGCAGUGAUACUAACCAAAGACUAGCUUCAGCGCUAUCACCACAACGUUUAUUCCUACAAGUGGUACUGAAACAUAAAACAAAACCCUCUAUUUUGUGAUUUCAAUAUAUGGAGAUUAAUGAAAUUUGUUUUGGCAAAGUUACUUUGUUGUCAAUUGUUGUAAUGCAAUACAUUCUACUAGCUUUAGAACACGUUAGAGACCUUGUAACCAAUUAUAUACAUGUAUACAAUUUCAUGUCAUUUUAAAGUGUUUCUGCUGUAAACCAUCCUAACAGGUUUAUGUCAAAUUACAUACUCAUACGAAAA